AUGUUCUAUACCAAGCCAAGUGAGCUGCCGACUCAUGAUAAGGAGAAAGGCUAUAAACACGAAUCUGAACCACCUAUGUACGAACGAUUGGAUGACCGAAGUGAUGAAUUGAAGAAGCGGUUGGAAGACCUGAGACAGGAAAUACAAGAAGCUAAAGUGGAUUGGUACGUCGUACCAAGUGAGGAUGAACAUCAGUCCGAGGAAGUAGCUGAUUCUGAGAAGAGGAGAGAAUGGAUAUCUGGAUUUACCGGUUCAGCGGGAACAGUGGUAAUCCCUUCAUCAUCCAUCGAUUCGCCAGCGCUCUUAUUUGUAGACUCAAGAUACUGGAUUCAGGCAGAACAGCAAAUCGUAGAAGGAUGGAAAGUUGUCAGAGUAGGAGCGAAUGGAGGAAGUGGGAAGGAUGCUGUCGUUGGAGGAUGGGUAGAGUGGGCUACAAGAGAAGUCGAAGAUGGCUCAAGGAUUGGGAUAGAUCCGAAGCUUAUAUCGCUAGCUCUGGCUCGCUCACUCACAUCACGUCUCGAUAAUUCCGAUUCCUCCACCCAACUCAUUGCUCUAAAUUCAAACCUCGUCGAUCGAAUUCGAGAUGUUCCUCCUAGAUCACUAGGUCCACUUGUAUCAUAUCCCUUGAAAUUCUCUGGAGAAGAUACAUCUUCUAAAUUAUCUCGAGUACGAUCAUCUUUAUCAGAUCAUCUCACUUCAACAGAUAGUCAUCAAGCUCGAACGACGACUACCAAAACAGUAGACUGGGUGUACAUCUUACCUACCUUACCUGCAAUAGCCUGGGUUCUUAAUUAUAGGUGUAUAACCGAUGUCCCUUUUUGUCCGGUCGCUUUCGCAUAUCUAGUCAUAACGCCACAAGAGUGUACGGUUUUCGUCGAUGAAAGGAAGAUCGAAGAUGAGGACUUGAAAAUGGAAUGGGAAAAAGCUGACAUACAAGUAAGACCUUAUGGUGCGAAGGAAUUGGGGGACUUCGUAAAAGAAUAUAUCGGAAGCGAUGGUUCCGAUAAAAAGAAAUUCAGGAUGUGGGCUCCAAGGGAAUGUAGUUGGGCUAUAGAAGAAUCUUGCUCUCCUUGCAAGAUAGAAGUCAUACCUUGUCCUGUAGAUAAGCUGAAAGGAGUCAAGAAUGAAACGGAACAACAAGGUUUUAGGAAUGCCUAUUUGAGAGAUGGAAGAGCAAUGGUUCGAUGGAUUGCAUGGCUUGAGAACAUGUUACUGAAAGAGAAUAAAAAGAUUGGUGAAUGGGCUGCUGCUCAGACCCUGACGAGAUACAGAGCAAAGGAAGACUUGUUCGCAGGUUUGGCGUAUGAUGAUAUAUCCGCUUCCGGGCCUCAUGGUGCUUUGCCGCAUUAUGCGCCCAAACGAGGUCAGGAUAGCUUGAUUGAUAUUGAUUCUACAUAUGUCAUUGAUUCCGGAGCACAAUACCAAGAUGGAACAAUCGACACGACCCGAACCCUUUACUUUGGCAAAUCUCCUUCGGCUGAGAUCAAGCGAGCCUAUACUAGGGUAUUGCAAGGUCAUCUAGCAGUCAGUACUGCGAUAUUCCCUAGAGGUGUAUCAGCAGAUAGAUUGAAUAUGCUUGCCAGAAAUCCACUGUAUCAGGAUGGCUUGGACUUUGGUCAUGGAAUAGGACAUGGUAUAGGCACUUAUCUUGCUGUUCACGAGAAUCCGAUCUUCCCCCGAGACGCAGCAUUCGAACCAGGUAAUAUCACCAGUAUUGAACCUGGGUACUACAAAGAGGGAGAAUGGGGAAUAAGGAUUGAAUCUGUCAUCAUAUGCAAGCCUGUUGAGACACUCAACGACACAUCAGGCAGAUUCCUUUCUUUCGAACGCGUGACACAAGUCCCGAUCCAGACUUCUUUAGUGGAUUAUAAACUCUUAACCAAAUCUGAGAUCCGAUGGCUGAAUGAUCACAACACCUCCGUACAAGAUAAUCUGCUGCCUUUACUUCAAGACGACCAAGAUGCCCAAACUAGAGAUUGGUUGAAAAAGAAUUGUAAACCUAAGAAGAUAUGGCCUUGGACUGGCGCAUGA